AUGGACAAGGAAGAACAACACUGGAUUAUUCGCAGCUCAACAUCGUACAACGAAUCUUUCGGAGUGUUUUCAAGCCUGCGCCAAAGUGGAGUUUUAUGUGAUGUUAUUAUUGUGGUGGAAAAUAGUAAAAUACCUGCGCAUCGAUUAGUUUUAGCUUCUUACAGUCCAUACUUUUAUAGUAUGUUUACCAGUAAUAUGAUUGAAGCAACUCAACAAGAAAUCACCAUUGGCAAUAUUGAUGCUACAGCCGCUGAAAAAUUGAUCGAAUUUGCAUACGGUGGCCAAAUCUACUUAAAUAAAAAUAAUGUACAAUCACUAUUCACAGCCUCUGAUCUAUUGCAAAUUGAUUUAGUUAAAGAAGCUUGUCGUAAUUUUAUCAUCAAACAAAUGGAUGCCAGUAAUUGCUUAGGUAUACGUGCCUUUGCUGAUACAUACUCAUCUGAAGAAUUAGUUUUAUCUGCUAAUCAAUUUAUCAAUCGUAGCUUUGCUGAAGUAUCUCAUAGCGACGAGUAUUUAUCACUAUCGGUCAAACAAGUACAAGAAUUAUUAUUGCGUGAUCAAUUAAACGUAGCCAGUGAAGAAUUAAUUUUCGAAGCAUUAAUAGCAUGGACACGCUAUCGACUUGCUGAAAGGAAGCAGUACUUCAGUUAUUUACUAAAGUUUGUACGACUACCACUACUGUCACCACAAUACCUGGCGGAAAAAGUGGCUAAUGUUGACCUUAUUCGAAAAAAUAUUGAAUGUCGUGAUUUAGUAGAUGAAGCCAAAGAUGCUUACUUAAUACCUAGUAAACGUUUAUCAAUUGAAUCAUAUAAAAUCAAGCCUAGAUGCUUUACGGAAGAGUUAGGUUAUAUGUAUGCUGUGGGUGGGUUAGCAGCGAACGGCAAUUCCGUCAAUGCUGUCGAAUAUUACGAUAAUGUCCGUGACGAAUGGUUUCCAGCACCAUCACUACAGAGUAUGAGAAGUAGGUUAGGAGUAACGGCUUUAUGCAAUUGCAUUUAUGCUAUUGGUGGUGUCGACGGCACUGAACGUUUAAGUACCGUUGAAAGAUUAGAUAUCUCUCAUCAACAAGCUUCAUGGGAAUAUCAAACGUCAAUGCGAGUGCAUAGAAGUGCUUUAGGUGCUGUCAAUAUUCAAGGCAGUAUUUAUGCAGUUGGUGGCUAUGAUGGCACAGCAUCAUUGAAUAGUGUUGAGCGAUACGAAUUUGGUAAAGAUACGUGGAAUUACGUUGCUCCAAUGACAACAUGUAGAAGCGCUGCAGGAGUAGCUUCUUUAGGAGGUCGAAUUUAUGCUCUUGGUGGCCAUGACGGAUUAUCAAUAUUUAAUACGGUCGAAUUUUUUGAUUUACGGGAAGCUUAUUGGCGUCAUAUGGUGCCAAUGGCCACUAAAAGGUGCAGACAUGGCGUCGCUACUCUAGAAAAUAAGAUAUACGUUUGCGGAGGUUAUGACGGUAGAUCUUUUCUAAACACCGUGGAGUGCUUUGAUCCCAUCGCUGACAAAUGGACUUUUGUAGCUCCUAUGUCAAUAAGAAGAAGCAGAGUAGCUAUGGUAGCAUUAGGUGGCGUACUAUUUGUUGUUGGAGGAUAUAAUGGAUUUUGCAACUUAAGAAGCGUGGAAUGUUAUGAUCCUAAGACCAAUAAGUGGUCAUAUGUUAGUGAUAUGUCACAGCAUGAAGGUGGCGUUGGAAUUGUAGCUACUCCUCGUUUUCAUUAG